AAAAAACAGAAACGGUAUUUUCAUUCUGCGUUAUUAUUAGUAGACGAAAAUGGCGACGGAAUCAAGCACGGAGGAGCUCUUCCGCAAUCUGCGAACUUCAAUUUUCUGAGAUCUCUCUUACUCUCUCUACCAAUCACUCAAAUUCACAUUCACGAAUUUGAAUUAUUCUUCUACGAUCCUUCCAUUUCAUUUCCGUUUCCAUACAAAUUCACUUCUAAUUGCGUUUCGAGGUUGCUGAGAAGGUGGGAGAGAGGAAUCUGAUGUAUUGUAACGGGGAAGACAAGCUAUGGAAUUGUGGAAAAUCUGGUACUGUGAAUUUGCGAAAAGUGAGCUCAUUCGUGCGCGAUAUUGGAGAUCCUUGCCUUUCUCAGUCUCCUGUAAAGCAGGGAAACAGAAUGCUUAAGGCGGACAUAUGGCAAGCGUUGUCUGACAGUGAAGGAAAAGUGUUUGGUUUUCGGAAGGCACUGAAAUUGGCUGUGUUAGGGGGUGUAGAUCCAUCAAUUAGACCUGAAGUUUGGGAGUUUUUACUUGGUUGUUAUGCACUGAGCAGCACUACUGAGUACCGAAGAAGGUUGAGAGCAGCAAGAAGGGAGCUUUAUAGUGACCUGGUUAAGCAAUGUCAAGCAAUGCAUUCAAGUGUGGGAACUGGUUCAUUGGCAUAUGUUGUUGGAUCCAAAGUUAUGGAUAUGAGGACCUCCUCUAAAGAUGAACGAAAAACGGAAGCUAAAUUAGAAAGAUCAACAUCUAAUGAUAAUAAUGUUGAAGUAGAACAAUGUCAUGGUAGGAGCAUUAGUUGUGCAGAGGCAGAAAACACAGACCAUCAUGAAAGCUCUGAUAAUUGGGCUGAGCAACUUGACCUAGUUAGUUUGAGAGCAAGCGCAGAUAGUGCAAGUGUGGGAACUGGUUCAUUGGCAUAUGUUGUUGGAUCCAAAGUUAUGGAUAUGAGGACCUCCUAUGAACGACAAACGGAAGCUAAACUAGAAAGAUCAACAUCUAAUGAUAAUAAUGUUGAAGUAGAAGAAUGUCAUGGUAGGAGCAUUAGUUGUGCAGAGGCAGAAAACACAGACCAUCAUGAAAGCUCUGAUAAUUGGGCUGAGCAACUUGACCUAGUUAGUUUGAGAGCAAGCGCAGAUAGUGCAACUUGUGAUUCUUCUGGUCAACAAAACUGCAGUUCCCCAAAGAUGGGGAGAGAACCAGAUGGAUCACAUAAUGUGAUUGACAGUAGUUUUGAUUUUCCUUCUUUACCUGUCACCAAUCUGUUUGAAAAGAGUGGUAUAGAUACAAAUUCGGGAACAGAGCAGGGCAAUAAACUUUCUGCACGACGGAAACUUAGAUUUGAAGAUGACAGAAUGCAUAGCUUCCAUAUCAAUAACAAUGUAGACCUAGUUAUUGAGUCAAAUGGCCAACCUCUUGCUACCUUCCACCCUGUAAACUCUGAAAUUGAAAUUGCUUCACCUGAUGAAGAUGAUCCAGAACUUCCAUCUGACAAAACAGUUUAUGAAACACAGAUAAAUCAACUAAAAAUAUCAGACGUACCACAGACAGCGAUGAUAAGUGCCUCAAUGUCUCAAGGAUGGCCUGCCAGUGAAGAUAAAGUAUCAGAAUGGCUUUGGACUUUGCACAGGAUAGUUGUUGAUGUUGUGAGGACCGAUAGUCAUCUUGAAUUCUAUGAGGACAGGAGAAAUUUAGCUAGAAUGUCGGAUAUCCUCGCUGUCUAUGCAUGGGUUGAUCCUGCAACGGGGUAUUGCCAAGGUUAUGUUUUUUCCUGUAUGAGUGAUUUGCUGUCUCCUUUUGUUGUAAUCUUUGAGGAUAAUGCAGAUGCAUUUUGGUGUUUUGAGAUGCUUUUAAGGAGAAUGAGAGAGAAUUUUCAAAUGGAAGGCCCAACUAAGGUGAUGAAGCAGCUGCGAGCAUUGUGGCAUAUUCUCGAACUGUCAGAUCGAGAAAUUUUUGCCCACCUGUCAAAAAUUGGUGCUGAAAGCCUUCAUUUUGCAUUUCGUAUGUUGCUAGUUCUCUUUCGGAGAGAGUUAUCUUUUAACGAGGCUCUUUCAAUGUGGGAGAUGAUGUGGGCAGCUGACUUUGAUGAAUCCUGGGCAUAUGAUUUAGAGGAGAGUUGUCUAGAAGCAUUAGAUGUACAUGUUCCCAGAGACUCUAGCAAUUAUAUAAGAGAAGAAAUUGCUGAUUCUGAUGAUGGUAGUUUCAAGAGUGGUUCACAAUCAAGUCAUAAUGAAAAUGACAACACAAAAGCCAGCCUGCAGUCACAUCAUGUGGACACCGAUCACCAUGUAUGCGAUGUCAAAUUAAAGUUGCAAAAACCCCAUAUCUUUUGUGGCCUGGCAAGGAAUUUCUGGCCAAGAAAUGAUCGAGUUCAAACGAGAACCAUUUCCUCCUUGGCAAGGAAAGGAAAUGACGAGUUAGCCACAUUCUGCGUCGCAGCAAUUCUUGUUUUAAACCGCCAGAAGAUCAUCCGAGAAACCCACUCCUUCGAUGAUAUGAUAAAGAUGUUCAAUGACAACAUGUUGGAGAUCAAUGUAAAAAGAUGCAUAACAACAGCAAUCAAACUUCGGAAGAAAUAUUUUAACAAGGUGAUCAAGAAAAAGAACCAUGUUGCAGAGAAAGGAGACUAGGGCAAUAUCAUUGUUAUAUGAUCUUAAGGCAAAAGCACUGAAAGGCACUGAGGACCACUUAUGCGGCUGUGUGUUUCCAAAUUGGACCAUGAUGUUAAAUAUUUUUAUUACUUAUCCACUUUGGAUGGGAGACUUUGUAGCUUAAAGUGUUUUUGCUUUUGGAGUUUCAUCCAGCUGUUGUACCUUCAUAAUCAUCAUUACUCUUUUUUAUGAGCCAGUAAGAAGAUUCACAAGGGGAUUUUACAUUACUCUGGUUGCUCCCGUGUCUUACACAAUUGGCAGUCUUGGAUACUUGGACUGAUUAUGCAGAUGAUGUUCUUUGAAAUUCUGUUCAGCUCAUAUUUUUGGAGAUCAUUAUAAGUACGUCUAUUAUUACUUAGAGCAUUUAGAGUUCAGAAAAAGCACACGCAUACAAGAAGAAAUGGAGGGCAGAUACAGGAGAGAGAAUUGUUGUAGUAUAUGGAAACGUAUAGUUAAUCUUUUUGGUGUAUUUAGUUGGCAGAAGAAAGGAUAUAUAAUGGUUUAUACAUACUAAAAUUUUUUGUGUUUUCUUAAAUUGUUGGAUCUUACAAAGAACAAAAGAGGAGACGUUCUUGUCCCUUAUUCAUGUAUUAUUUUUUACCUUCA